AGGAGCUCACGGACCGCAUCGAAGAGCUGGAAGAGGACGUCGGCCGCUGGAAGAAGGACUCCAAGUCCAUCACGGAGGUCCGGCAGAUGGAGAAGUCCGACUACGACAAGACCUCGCAGGACUACAUGGAGUCUCUAGAUGCCCUCGACGGCGCCAUCGCCGUUCUGAAGAAGCGCUCCGCCAACGUGGCGCAGCCGGAGAGCGAGACCUGGAAGGGGGCCGCGCUCCUGGAGCUGCGCCGUGUCCAGGCGCUGAGGCUCGCUCCGGCCCCGACCAAGCGCGCCGUGGCCUCCUUCAUCCAGCUCCUGCAGCCGGACGUCGAGGCCAUGCCUUCGGACGAGCUCUUCAAGAGCGCGCCCGAGGCCUACGCGUACGAGUUCCAGUCUGGCGGCGUGGUGGACAUGCUCGAGAAACUCAAGAAGGAGUUUAGCGAGAACAAGUACGAGAUGGAAAUGGAGGAGAAGAAGGCGCAGCACGCGUUCGAGCAGAUGUUCCAGCAGCUGGCGGACAACAUGGAGAACGCCGAGCACGAGAUUUCGAAGAAAACGGAGACGCGCGCGCAAACGCAGGAGGCGCUGGCAGAGGCCCAGGGCGAGUUGGCAGAGACCACGGCGCAGCGGGACGAGGACAAGAGGUACCUGAUGGAGACGCGAGCGCUGUGCGGCGUGAAGACGGCGGACUUCGAGGCCAGGCAGAAGCUCCGUCAGGAGGAGCUCGACGCGAUCGCGAAGGCC